GUACGGAGUCGGUGUCCUGGUGUUUGUGGUUGUACACACGUACACUAUGCAGGGAACGUGAGCGUGUAAAAGCAAGCGGCUUGCGGCAUUUGUCCCUCGCGAGUCUCCGUCGCUCCGUGCGUUUCGUGUCGCAUCGCUCUCUGGGAGUUGUAGUCCUGGACCCGGGGGUGCCUGGGAGGCGGGAGAGGGGCUGGGGUUUCUCGGCGCCUCCUCGGCGGGAAGGGCCCGGGGACCGCACGGUGUGCAGUCGCGGGAUUUGCAGGUCUUCCCGGGAGAGAGGCCGCACGUGGAGCGGGCGCCGCUGCCGUUCUCGGGCGGCGGUGGAGCGCGGUCGAGGGCCGCGGGGCCGAUCCCGGAGCUGGACUAAGCGUCUCAAAUACUUCAGCCAUGACUAAAAGAGAAGCAGAAGAGCUGAUAGAAAUUGAGAUUGAUGGAACAGAGAAGCCAGAGUGCACAGAGGAGAGUAUUGUGGAACAGACCUACACCCCAGCUGAAUGUGUAAGUCAGGCCAUAGACAUCAAUGAGCCCAUAGGCAAUUUAAAGAAAUUGCUAGAACCAAGACUUCAGUGUUCUUUGGAUGCUCAUGAAAUUUGUCUGCAAGAUAUCCAGCUGGAUCCAGAACGAAGCUUGUUUGACCAGGGAGUAAAAACAGAUGGGACUGUACAGCUUAGUGUACAGGUCAUUUCUUACCAAGGAAUUGAGCCAAAGCUAAACAUUCUUGAAAUUGUGAAAACUGCAGAAACUGUUGAAGUGGUAAUUGAUCCCGAUGCCCACCAUGCAGAAGCAGAAGCACAUCUCGUUGAAGAAGCCCAAGUGAUAACUCUUGAUGGCACAAAACACAUUACAACCAUUUCAGAUGAAACCUCAGAGCAAGUGACAAGAUGGGCUGCUGCUCUGGAAGGGUAUAGGAAAGAACAGGAGCGCCUUGGGAUACCCUAUGAUCCUAUACAGUGGUCCACAGACCAAGUCCUGCAUUGGGUGGUUUGGGUAAUGAAGGAGUUCAGCAUGACUGAUAUAGACCUCACCACACUCAACAUUUCGGGAAGAGAAUUAUGUAGUCUCAACCAAGAAGAUUUUUUUCAGCGGGUCCCUCGGGGAGAAAUUCUCUGGAGUCAUCUGGAGCUUCUUCGAAAAUAUGUCUUGGCAAGCCAAGAGCAGCAGAUGAAUGAGAUAGUUACAAUUGAUCAACCUGUGCAGAUUAUCCCAGCCUCAGUGCAGUCUGCUACCCCAACCACCAUUAAGGUUAUAAACAGUAGUGCAAAGGCAGCUAAGGUACAGAGAGCCCCAAGGAUUUCAGGAGAAGAUCGAAGUUCACCAGGGAACAGAACAGGAAACAAUGGUCAAAUCCAGCUGUGGCAAUUUUUGCUGGAACUUCUCACUGAUAAGGAUGCUCGAGACUGUAUUUCUUGGGUUGGCGAUGAAGGAGAGUUUAAGCUAAACCAGCCUGAACUGGUUGCACAAAAAUGGGGUCAACGUAAAAACAAGCCUACAAUGAACUAUGAGAAACUCAGUCGUGCAUUACGGUAUUAUUAUGAUGGGGACAUGAUUUGUAAAGUUCAAGGCAAGAGAUUUGUGUACAAGUUUGUUUGUGACUUGAAGACUCUUAUUGGGUACAGUGCAGCAGAACUGAACCGUCUGGUCACAGAAUGUGAACAAAAGAAACUUGCAAAGAUGCAACUCCAUGGAAUUGCCCAGCCAGUCACAGCUGUAGCCCUGGCUGCCGCUUCUCUACAAACAGAAAAGGAUAACUGAGGUCCAAAACCCUAUGGGAGCUGAAGGCUUUUCUUAAAUGUUUAGAGCAAAUAUUGCUCAUACUUUAUUACUGAAUUUGAUUCUUAUUUCUAGACUGUACAAUCAGAUGCAUGAUUUUUUAUAAGUAUUUCAUAUUCUUGCAAAUUUGGAUCUUUUUACUUUGAGCAUAUAUUUUAGAAAAUGUGUACGUUCAAGGAUCACUACAAUGCCUGCAGUGUGAGAGCAGGUUCAUUGUGGAAUAGUUCGUUAACAGUCAGGAAAGCUAAACUGGUCAGUAUUACUAUCUAGCCCUACCAAAACUAGCUAGUAGCAUCUGAAGCUGAAGUGUUAGUGCAGCAUCUCCAGGGAGCAGUCUGCCUAACUUUCUGAACAUGUGGCUGCUUCCUCUCUUUGCUUUCGAUGCUGCUCUCCAUAAAACCAGAAAACGCAAGUUUUCGGCUAAGCAGUAUGUGCCUGUUUCAUCUAAUCAAGCAGAGCUAAAACGUUCUUAUAAAACCAUAAUAAUAAGGGACUAAAGUAUCAGGUUAUUUAUAUGUUUGCAAGUAGAGGACAUAAUAAGUUAGCUGGCAAGGAGCAGUGCUGAAGAAGGAGAUCCAGGUUUCAAUCUGGCUUAACUCAAGCCAUUAUUAAUGGUUUUCUGUAUAGAUUAUUCAUUUUGUCAGGCCAAAAAUUUAGAUUAUUUUGAGAGGCAUUUAAUUGUUGUAAACCAGCUAUUACAAAAUUCCAAUAUUAUCUGGUUUUUCUGUCAGUGAUAUAAAAAACUGAAAAAGUAUACCUCAACAAAAAAAAGUUUGGUUUAGUUUGAUGUGACUUCCUUUGUUUAAAAAAAAAGAAAAAGGAAAAAAAAGUUGGUAGUUCUGAUUUAUAAUGCAAGAUCACUUAUGUUCUGGUGAAACAAAGACUUUAGGUCGGACAACAGUACUUAAUCCAUGAAGGUGUUAGUUAAUUCUUGCAAAUAAUUAUAAAAGGAAAGUUUGACCUCCUUAUAGGCAGUCUUCUUUAAAACAAAGCUUCCCACUUAUUUUUCUUUCUGAAUGUCAUAUAUGUAUAUGUCUGCAAAUAUCUAUACACAUGACCACCUUAGACAUAUU